AUGCUCGCGGCGGGUUCUGGGAAUGUGAGUCUGAGGACUGUCAGUUCAAGUCGGCCACAACUGAUGCAAUCUGAAUCUCAGCAGUCCAUCGCCGCUUCGGACGACUACUACUCCUUCUCCAGUCCUUCCUCCAGUGCAAGAUCGCGAGCCAGUGGUAGUCGACUCACCGUGGCGCGGUAUGCGACACCAAACUCUCAUCCUCCGACCCGAACUCCAUCUCCUAGCGUCUCGCGAACGCAUCUGGCCCCGCUGGCGGCUGGUGCACGAUCGGAGCAUUCCUUGAGCGUUCCGAGUGAGAACAGAAAUUUCGCCACACCUGCAUCGAGGACAAUACGUACAGUUGACGAGCGAGACAAUCAACCGAGCCCCAUGUCGGACACCACUUCUCGACGGGAACCCAGUGAUAGCUAUGCGGGACGGCCACCUACGCCGGGGGUGGAUGAUUCACCAUACAUUCAUUUCGCCAUCAGUCAGCUAACGCGUGAUGAGGAGGUAGCGGGGCCCAGGCGGCGAAGCUCAGUCACGAGUAAUGACAAUCCGCUGGAGCCACUGCUUUGGGACGAAGGCCUGGGCUGCUUUAUUCGCUCGCCGGGACCGCCGGCAACACCCCCGGUACGGCCACCGCAGCAGUCCUCGGAUUCCAUAGGGAGGGCCCCUCAGAGCUCGGUCGACCCAGAGUCAUUUGUGGCGGUGGAGCCCCCGGAAGACAGUCUGCUGUAUCCGCCGUUGGACUUUGUUCCUCUUGUUUUACGGACAUGGGCCCUGGUGGCGAUCACCCUAUGCUGCCUGCUAAUGAUUGCGGGGAUAUCUUUCUGCAAUGUAUGGUCUAGACGGCAUCCGGGGCUCUGGGAUUAUACGGGACUCGGCGGUUCACACUAUUUUGUGAUGCAAUUUUUGCCCCAAAUAUUGGGGAUGAUCAUCACGAUUUGGACGUUUGUGAUCCAAGCAGCCCUGUAUCGAAUCAUGCCGUUUGCUAUUAUGGCAUCAGAGCGGCCUUUAGGUUAUGUUUUGCAGAAUCUGCCAAUCUUGUCGCGGAAUUUCCUGAAGCCGGACUUUUCUCAUUUCCGACAUGGAGAGCCGAUCGUUGGGUUCUCGCUGUUUACCAUGUGGCUUUCAAACCUGAGCACGCUGCCGUUGCUGAGCUGCCUCUUUCAAGCCAAGUGGUACUUGAUCGAUGGCGAGGGGACCUGGCGGUGGGCUUCAGUUGUGGCCGUCGGCUGGACCCUUGUAGCUAUUUAUGCGCUGCUGACCAUUGGAUUUAUUCUGCUGAUGUUUCGGUUUGUGCGUACCUGGUCAGGGCUGAUGUGGGACCCAGUGAGUCUGGCCGAUUUAAUUUCGAUUAUCCAGCGAUCGAACAUCUUGCAUGAUUUUGAACAAUCCGAGACGUUGCCGGAUGUGGGCGAAUCGCUUGACCCUCGAUUUCUCCGAUUGGGAUACUGGAAACUAUCGAAUCGAGCGGAGACGUUCUACGGUAUCGGCGAGGUGGAUGCACCAGUCCGGACGCCGUCUUUACAUCGCAAAGAAAAGAACCUCCAGAUGCAAUCGCAUGGCCUGUCACGGGUGUCAUUCGACCUUGAGCAGCAUGAUCUCGCGGAGAAGGAGGAGUACUAUCAACAUCUGUACUCGCCAGCCAUCCGCUACCGCUGGGUUCCGUGGUUCCUCCGCGACAGGUUCGUGAUUCUGUGGACGGUAAUCGUUGGUGCUCUGUUUAUUGCGUUUGUGCUGGUCAGCUUCAUUCACGAUGCCAUCAAGGGCGGGUUUCCUCCGCGAUUGCCAACACUACCAUCGACGGGCGCCUUUUCCUCAUCCAACUUUUGCUAUAGCUUCGUCCCGGCUCUGAUUGGGAAUGUGUUCUUCCUUGCGUGGCAGCCCAUCGAUGUCUAUUUCCGUGCGCUGCAGCCAUUCGCGGCUCUGUCUUCUCCGAAUGGUGCUCGAGCAGAGCAGAGCCUGCUACUGUCUUAUCCGUCCUGCUACCCUUUGCAGGUGACCGCUCUGGCAAUCCUCAACAGGCACUUCAAAGUGGCCUGGAUCUCGUUUAUGAGUACGGUGUCGGCUGCGAUUCCUCUCCUCGCAGGAGGGGUGUUUAUCGCUCUGUACCACCCGUCGGAAGACGCGAUUCGGAUCUCGGCACUCAUGCCGGCUUUCUACGCCCUGGUGGCUUUCUGCGCACUCUACAUGAUAUCGUUCCUGUGCAUCUGGCCUCGUCGCUGUCGCCGUUUGCCACAUGAGGUUAGCACCCUGGCCGAUCAGAUGAGCUUCCUAUACCAGAGUCCGUUGCUCGCGGAUAAGAUACUGCGGGAGCCGAGGAGCAAGGCAGAUCUGGUCACCCGCUUGGUCGUGGCACCGCCCGGGGAUCGGGAACAUUCCAUGUACGGCUUUGGCAUUUAUGUGGGCCGGGAUGGAAAGGAACAUCUGGGGAUCGAUCGCUUCGACCGUCCUGGACGGGCGGAUAUGUUGAUCACCACUGGAUGUAUGCGGAGACACUAA